AUGUAUUUACUUUUUGAACUGUUGAUUAUUUCAUUUGCUGAGUCGUAUCGAAUUUUGGGAGUUUUUCCACUUCCUUCAAAAAGUCACGAUGUGAUGCUAAGCGCAUUAAUGAAGGGCUUGGCAGAGCGCAACCACCAAGUAGACGUGAUAACACAGUUUCCCGAGAAAAAUCCACCACCAAACUACAAAGUUGUUGUAGAUCUAAGUGGUAGUACAGAGGCAGUGACCAACAAUGUCAGUAUGAAAUAUGCAAAAACAUUAAGUGGUAAUCCUACGUUUUACAUGUCUACAAAAUAUGGUAAUGAUCUAUGUCACCUAAUGGGUUUGGAAAAAAUGCAAAGCUUCAUUAAAAACAUACCUUCAUACGAUCUAGUCAUCACCGAAGCAUUUGGAGCGAACUGUUACUAUGGUUUGGGCUACCUUUUGAAUGUCCCAGUUGUCGCAAUCUCAUGUAUUGACGAACCCACAUGGAUAAGCGAAUACAUCGGUGGUAAUAAUAAUCCAGCCUUUGUGCCAAACUCAUUACUUCAAGGCACUUUUGAUAAAUUUAAAUUUUGGGAUCGCUUGCGAAACACGAUUGGCUACGUACAACAAGUUCAUGACUUUAAACGGCUAACUGCCGUGCAAACUCAACUGAUGAGAAAAUAUUUGAGUCCAGAUGUGCCAGACGUACGGGAAUUGGAGAGAACCGUAUCUCUGCUUUUGGUUAACAGACACCCCGUCAUCCAUGGACCAAAACCAAUUACUUCAGCUGUGGUAGAAGUCAGUGCCUUACACAUCAACAAAAACAACUCCCAGAUCUCCCUGCAACUGCAAAAUUGGUUAGAUGACAGCCAAGAUGGGGUUGUUUAUUUCACAUUUGGAUCGAUGGUUUUGAUAGAAACACUACCACCAGAAACACUAAACGCUAUUUACAAGUCCUUCUCUAAAUUAGCUCCGAUGCGAGUACUGAUGAAAAUUGCUGACCCAAGUAAACUGCCGCCAGGAUUACCGAAAAACAUUUUGACUUUACCGUGGAUCCCUCAGCUAAGUGUAUUAGAUCACAAAAAUGUUCGAGUUUUCAUAACUCACGGAGGACUGAUGAGCUGUCAAGAAGCGUUAUAUUUCGGAGUACCAAUAAUUGGUAUUCCAUUGUUUAGCGACCAAAUGCAAAAUGUAGCGAGAUUUGAGGAAAAGAACAUGGGUAUCAAGAUUAAUUAUGAAAACAUCAAUGAAGCUUCUUUAGAUGAAACUCUAAGAACAAUUUUUACCGAUCCAAAAUAUAGAGAAAAUGCAAAGUUGUACUCGAAAUUAUUUAAAGACAGACCAAUGGAGGCUAUGGAUACAGCUGUAUUUUGGAUAGAGUACGUAAUUCGGAACGGAGGAAUGUAUUUGAGGUCACCCGCCAUCGAAUUAGCUUGGUGGCAGUUAGCUUUACUGGAUGUUUAUGGAUUUUUAUUGUUGUGUGGAAUAUCAGUACUUACAGUUGCAUAUUAUUUAAUCAAAUUUU